AUGGCCCUGUGCUCGGCGGCGUGGAGGAGCUACAAACGGCGCCAGCGACGCAAGGCGAGCCUGAGCAGGUUCGGCCGGGACAUGACUGCCACGGCCCGCAAGGGUGACCCUGUGGUCGGCCGUGACGAUGAGAUCGACAGCGUCAUCCGCAUCUUGUGCCGCCGGACCAAGAACUGCGCUGCGCUCGUCGGUGCCCCAGGGGUCGGGAAGACGGCCAUCGCUGAGGGCCUUGCGCAGCGUGUCGCCGCUGGCACGGUCCCCGCGCCGCUCCUUGGGGCGCGCAUCGUGGAGCUCGACGUCGCGGGCAUGGUGUCCGGGACAGUCUGGCGCGGCAUGUUCGAGGAGCGCAUGAAGAACGUGAUACAGCAGGCAGAGGAUUCCGACGGCAAGGUGAUUCUGUUCAUCGACGAGAUGCACAUGCUCAUUGGAGCCGGCGAUUGGCAGGGUCGCCAUGACGCGGCAAACAUGCUGAAGCCGGCAUUGGCCCGUGGCCGCAUCCGGUGCGUCGGUGCCACCACAUUAGACGAGUACAGAAAGCACGUUGAGAAGGAUCCGGCGCUCGAGCGACGGUUCCAAAAGGUGCAUGUCGAUGAGCCAGAUGAGCAGGCGACGAUUGGCAUCCUCGGGGGUUUAAAGACACGUUUCGAAGAGCACCAUGGCAUCAAAAUUCUGGAUGAUGCAAUUGUUGCUGCGGCGCAACUCGCUGGCCGCUAUGUCACCGGCCGACAAUUUCCUGAUAAGGCUAUUGAUCUGAUUGAUGAGGCUUGCACAACAACAAAAGGAGGACAAGCAUAUGUUAGCCCGGAUCAUGUCGCAAAGGUUGUGAGCCGAUGGACGGGAAUUCCUGUCGCGGCACUGGAUCCAGAGGAGACGGAAAAGCUAAUCCAUCUUGCAGAUAGAUUGCACGAACGAGUUGUUGGUCAGAAUGAAGCUGUCAAUCUAGUUGUCCAAGCAGUGUUACGUUCGAGGGCAGGUCUUGAUCCACCUGGACAACCAAUAGGUUCUUUCCUUUUCUUGGGCUCGACCGGUGUUGGAAAGACAGAGCUUGCAAAAGCUCUCGCCCAACAGCUGUUUGACAAUGAAAAGAUGUUGCUUCGGUUUGAUAUGUCUGAAUAUGUCAAUUCUGGAUCCGUGACACGUCUCAUUGGAGCACCCCCAAGUUAUCUGGGUUAUGAUGAUGGUGGACAAUUGACUGAGAAAGUCCGGAGCCGUCCAUACAGUGUUAUCCUCUUUGAUGAAGUGGAGAAGGCCGAUCCCUCAGUAUUAAAUGUAUUUCUUCAGCUCCUUGAUGAUGGUGUGCUGACUGAUGGCAAAGGUCGUAAGGUAGAUUUCAAGAACACUGUCAUCAUUAUGACUUCCAAUCUAGGAGCAGAGCACCUAAUUGCAGGAAUUCGUGGCGAAAACACAAUGAAAGAUGCAAGGGACCUUCUCAUGAAAAAGGUACAUGAAUAUUUCAAGCCAGAGCUUCUCAACAGGUUAAGCCAGAUUGUUGUAUUUGACCCGCUUUCGCAUGAUCAACUAAUGGAGGUUGUGAAAAUUCAAAUGAAGAACGCCACCACCAGAGUAGAAAAAAAGGGCAUAUCUUUAUCCGUGAGUGAUGCCGCAUUGGACGUCAUUUUGUCAGAGUCAUACAACCCUAUGUAUGGUGCAAGGCCCAUAAGAAGCUGGGUGCAGAAUAAUGUUAUGACAACUAUCUCUGCAAUGCUAGUGAAAAAGGAAGCUAGCAAGGGAUCAACAAUCUACAUUGAUGCUGCUGACGACAAGAAGAGCCUGAAGUAUGUUGUGGUGAAGGAGGAGAUUGUCGCUUAUCCCACCAAGCUCCAGCACUGCGGGAAUCGCCCCCUCCGCAUAGGAGCUUGUGGCAACGGCGGGGCGUUUCGGCGCGUGGCUGGUGGCGACCGGGGCUGCAGGGCCGCUGUGUGUAGUAGCUUCUCGCCAGAUCUGACGGCCACCCAGCACGUGCGCGGGGUGGCUGGGCCCAUUGCCGGUGAGCACAAGCCGAUGCCGUCCGCUGCUUCCACGUCUCUUGCUGUGACAUGUGCCUCCACGUCGAUCCUCCCCCAUGCUGAGGCACAUCAUCGCUGGCCGCCUGCUCCCAUGGCCGACGGGAUCCCGCCAUCCCUAAGCUCCACCACGAGUGGAUCCGCCGCUCCACGAGCUCGCCUAGUACCGCCGCCACAUUCUCGCCUCCCGCAAGCGAGCACGCAAGUGCUGCAAUCUUUGCCGGUGACCUGUCCGCCGCGCGCGCUCUCUCCGACCGUUGACCGCGCUCAAAGCAGCGCGGGCAGCCUCUUGGGUGAGCGCUGCGGUGCAACGUCGCAGUCUGACAUGCGGGUGGGCAGUGCUGGUCCUCCACGCACGCCGACGGUGACUUCCAGGCACGGAGAACUGUUGCCGUAG